GUAUUAAGGUAAUCGGUGGCAUCAAGGAACUCACUGGAGAAGAAUAUGGAGUUUAUGUGAAGAGGAUCCUUCCAGGGGGUGUUGCUUACGUAGACGGGCGCCUGCAGCCAGGAGACCAGAUCCUGGAGGUCAAUGGAGAUUCCCUAAUUGGGGUUACAAGUGAGAGGGCCGUGGACAUCCUGAGGACGGCAUCGGCCACCAGCCACAUGCGCCUUCUUAUAGCCCGCGAUGACGAUGCCAGGAGGGAGUUCUCUGAACUGCUGGAGAAGUUUGGCUCCCAGAGCAACACUGGCUCAGCGCGGAGCUCGCCGAUCCUGCACGGCGGCAGUCGAUACCUGGAAAGUACAUCCUCAGGCUCCUCCUCGCGCUCUCAGAGCCCGCUGCUGCUGAGCCCUGCCAAUUCCCACGGCCCCUUCAUCGGGAACCUGGCGCACCCCCCUCAUGCACACUACUCCACUGAAUCAGGAAUCCAGAGCAUUUCUAUAGCAAAAUCCUCCGGCUUAGGGCUGACAAUCAGUGGUGGAUCUAACAGGCCUGAUGGCCCCAUGAUUUAUGUUCAAGAGCUUAUGCCAGAUGGUGACUGUUACAAGGUUCUGCAGUAUCUUGGUCUGGAUGUGACUGAGGAGAAGAAGAGGCAGCUACGACAAAGCUUGACCACAGACUCGCAGGGGACGGUGGCCUACGGAGAUCUUCUCCAAGCACUCAGGGAUCUGAUGCAGGAGGAGCUGGAUGAGGCUGGUCUGGAUUCCAACUCCAUGCUCUUCACACAGCACGAAGUGGCCAGUUUGCUGGAUACAUCGGCUUUUCACUCUCCGACCUUCGACUCUCUCAGCUGUAACGGCAAUGAGGAGCUGGAGCAGCUGCAACUGGAAAUGAUGGAUCUGCGGCAAGAAGUCCGAAGGCUAAAGUCUCUCCUGAAAGAGGUGGAGAACACCAAGAAGUCAAUGGAAGAUGAGCUUCAGAGACUGAACCAGAAAGCACUGGGGUUCCUCUCCGAGAACCGGACGCUGCACAGCAAGCUGCAGAUGGCAGAGGUCGUGCAGAGACAGGCUCAUAGUGCGGAGCAGGACUAUGAGGAGGUGAUCCACUUGCUGGAAGCUGAAAUUGCAGAACUGAAGAUGCAGCUGGCAGGGAAGAAAGCAAAACACAUCUCUGAAAUAGCGGAGGACAUCCUGGAACUGAAAAGACAGUUGUCCCUGGCUGACGGCCAGUUACGAAAAUCAGAAGUCUCACGGAAGCGCCUGGAGAUCUGCAAUAGGAAACUGCUUCUGUUUGUGCAG